AUGUCCUCACAGCAGCAAAAACUUACCAUCUGCAUUGACCGUGGUGGCACCUUUACUGACUGUAUUGGCUUCUAUGGCAAGCCCGGUGCUCCAGGGACACGCGAGUUUGUCGUGAAACUCUUGUCUGAAGAUCCGGCGAAUUACAAAGACGCUCCCACUGAAGGCAUUCGUCGCAUUGUUGAGUUAGCAACAAGUCAAAAGCUCGAACGCAACCAGCCAGUUCCUACCGAUGCCAUUGAUAGCGUUCGCAUGGGUACCACCGUAGCAACCAACGCGCUGUUGGAACGUAAAGGAGAACGGUGUGCUCUAGUUAUUACAAAGGGCUUCAAAGAUUUGUUAUCUAUUGGAAACCAAUCGCGACCGAGAAUCUUCGAUCUGGCUAUUACUAAGCCGGAUGUUCUUCAACAAAGUGUUAUUGAAAUCGAUGAGCGUGUUGUCUUGCUCAACUCGGCUGCAGCGAUUGACCGCGUCGAUCAUAAGGAUGUUUCAGGUGCUAAGGAAGGUAUCUCUGGAGAAUGGAUUACAGUUCAAAAGAAGCCAGAUUUGGAAAUUGUAAAACAACAGCUACAAAAGGUCUAUGACGAUGGUGUCCGCAGUAUUGCCAUCUGUCUGAUGCAUUCUUAUACUUUUCCCGAUCAUGAAAGCAUGAUUGGCGACAUUGCCAAGUCGAUCGGAUUUACCCAUAUUUCGUUAUCCCAUAGUGUCAUGCCUAUGGUCAAGAUUGUUCCUCGCGGCACCUCUGCCACGGCUGAUGCUUACUUGACGCCUUGUAUCCAAAAUUAUAUUGAGGGAUUUACUAGCGGCUUCGAUGAUGGAUUCGAAAAGGGAACGACCAAAUUGCAAUUCAUGCAAAGCGAUGGCGGAUUGGUUCCUGUGAGCAAUUUUUCGGGUUUUAGAGCUAUUCUCUCAGGCCCGGCUGGUGGUGUGGUUGGAUAUAGUGCAACAUCGUACGACGAAGGGGAAGAUCCUGUCAUUGGGUUUGAUAUGGGGGGCACAAGUACAGAUGUAUCACGUUAUGGUGGUAUGUUUGAACAUGUGUUUGAGACAACAACAGCCGGCAUUACAAUCCAAGCACCCCAAUUGGACAUCAAUACAGUUGCAGCUGGAGGUGGCUCAAUGCUGUUUUUCAAAAAUGGAAUGUUCGUCGUCGGGCCAGAGAGUGCUGGUGCUCAUCCAGGUCCUGCUUGCUACAGAAAGGGGGGCCCAUUAGCAGUUUCAGAUGCAAACUUGUAUCUCGGUCGCUUGCUUCCGGAUUACUUCCCGAAAAUCUUUGGUCCUACCGAAGAUCAACCGUUGGAUGUGGAUAUUGUCCGUGAAAAGUUUGCCAAGUUGGCCGAAGAAAUCAAUGCCGCAAACCCAAGUGAUCCAAAGAGCGUCGACGAAGUUGUCUAUGGUUUCAUCAAAGUGGCCAACGAAACGAUGUGUCGACCUAUUCGCUCGUUGACUGAAGCCAAGGGCCAUAACACAAGUCAUCACACAUUGGCCGUAUUUGGUGGAGCUGGUGGUCAGCAUGCCUGUGGUAUUGCUCGUAACCUGGGUAUCAGCAAAAUUAUCUUAUACCGCCACAGCUCGAUCCUGUCCGCCUUUGGUCUCGCUCUAGCAGAUGUGGUUCACGAAGUCCAGGAACCUUCUGCUGAGAUUCUCUCCGCUGAGAGUAUCCCCGGACUGCAACAACGAGUCGACGCGCUGGUUAAAAGCUGUACCGACGAAUUGGCCGCAAAACAAGGUUUUGCUGUUUCCGAUAUCAGCACUGAAGUAUAUCUCAAUUUGCGCUACGAGGGUACCGACUGUGCCCUAAUGACACUCAAGCCUGCUGGUUCUUGGGAUUUUGAGGGCUCGUUUGUCCAGUUGUAUAAGCAAGAAUUUGGCUUCUCACUUAGCGACCGUGGUAUCGUUGUGGAUGAUAUCCGUGUGCGCGGUAUCGGCCAUACUAUGAGCACCAACAAACGGUUAACGCCUGAAGAUGAACUCAAGUCGCUGGCUAUUGAGGACGUUGACGAAGAUCGUGAAUGUGAGAGCACAACCUCUGUGUACUUUGAAUCCGGCCGUGAAGACAAGGUUCCCGUGUACCUGUUGCACAAGCUUGCCCCAGGGACUCGAGUCAAUGGUCCAGCUACCAUUAUCGAUGCGACGGCAACGGUGGUGGUCGAACCCGCAUGUACGGCCGUUGUUACCUCACAGCACAUUACGAUCACUGUUGGCAAGGGUGAAAAGAAAAAGAUUACCACAGAAAUGGAGCCUAUCCAGCUAUCCAUCUUUUCGCAUCGAUUCAUGAGCAUUGCAGAGCAAAUGGGUCGUAGUUUGCAAAAGACUGCUAUCAGCACAAAUAUCAAGGAACGUCUCGACUUCUCAUGUGCUCUGUUUAGCUCAGAGGGAGGUUUGGUUGCCAAUGCUCCACAUCUGCCCGUACAUCUUGGCGCACUAAGUCAUGCAGUGACUUAUCAAAUGAAUUACUAUAAGGACGAUCUAAAAGAAGGAGAUGUGAUCAUGACGAACCACCCCAGCGCGGGCGGUUCCCAUUUGCCUGAUAUUACCAUCAUCACACCCGUCUUUGAUAAAAGCAAAAUUGUAUUUUUCGUCGCCUCCCGUGCUCAUCAUGCGGAUAUUGGCGGAUUAACAGCAGGUUCGAUGCCACCGUUCUCAAAGGAGCUUUAUCAGGAAGGUGCUGCGAUCAAAUCAUUCAAAGUUGUCAGCAAUGGGCAUUUUGAUGUGGAUGGUUUGAAACGGUACAUGUAUGACAUUCCAGGAUCUUACCCCGGAUGUUCCGGAACCCGGUUGCUACGCGAUAAUAUAUCAGAUAUCAAGGCGCAGAUUGCAGCCAACCAAAAGGGUAUAAACCUCGUCACAUCGCUUAUUGAGGAAUACUCACUUGAGGUCGUGCAAGCUUAUAUGCGUCAUAUCCGCGCCAAUGCUGAGGGAGCCGUUCGCGCAUUACUCAAGGAAGUUGUGGCGAAACACAAAGGAGAAGCGCUCACUGCAGUGGACUACAUGGACGACGGCACGCCGAUCUGUCUCAAGAUCAGCAUUGACGAAAAGACGGGCAAUGCUGUAUUUGACUUUGAUGGUACCGGUCCCGAGGUCUAUGGAAACACCAAUACACCCGAAAGUGUUUGUUACAGUGCGAUCAUCUAUUGUGUCCGCUGCUUGGUUGCGCAAGACAUACCGCUCAACUCGGGUUGUCUGGAUCCAAUUGACAUUCGUAUCCCGCCAAAUUCGAUCUUGAGCCCAUCCGAAACGAGCGCUGUCGUUGGGGGCAACGUAUUGACGAGUCAGCGAAUCGUCGAUGUCGUAUUGAAGGCAUUCAACGCUUGUGCUGCUAGUCAAGGCGACUGCAACAAUCUGACUUUUGGCAAGAGUGACAAGGAUCAUGGCUGGGGCUAUUAUGAGACUAUUGCAGGUGGUCACGGUGCUGGACCUACUUGGAUCGGUCAAGAUGGUGUGCACACACAUAUGACCAACACGCGCAUCACGGAUCCUGAAAUAUUCGAGCGACGGUACCCAGUCCUUUUACGCGAGUUUUCUCUGCGUUCAGACUCUGGCGGAAAAGGAUAUCAUCGUGGUGGUGAUGGUGUGAUCCGUGAUAUUGAAUUCUUAGAAGCGGGUAUUGAAGUCUCCAUCUUGUCCGAGCGCCGUGUGUUUAGACCUUAUGGUUUGCAUGGUGGUGAGGAUGCUAAGCCGGGUUUGAACUUGUGGGUCCGACAUGUUGGUGACAAGAUACUGACGCUCAAUUUGUCGGGAAAGAACACUGCAUUGUUUGGUAAAGGUGAUCGCAUCAUUAUCCAAACACCUGGUGGCGGAGGUUAUGGUGCACCAGGCGAUACUAGCCCUUGUUCUCAAAACGUCAUUCAUCAAAAGCCUGUGGUGGUCAAGGCGAGUGGAAGCUUAGGCGCUUAUAGAGAAAUGCAGGAGAGCACGUGA